AUGGCGCAGCCCCUCAAAGCAGCAAUUCUCAUCGUCUCUACGACAGCUGCAAAGGACCCCUCGACAGACGCCUCGGCUGGGGUCCUUGAAGGUGUCUUUGAUGAUCAAGGCGCAGGAAAGUGGGAGGUCAAGGACACACAAAUCGUGUCUGAUAAUGCGUUGGAGAUUCAGCGUCAAAUCAAAACUUGGACUGAUGGGCAUGACUGCCCCAAUCUCAUUAUCACCACCGGAGGAACCGGAUUCGCGAUCGCAGAUGCUACGCCUGAGGCCGUAGAUCAUCUGCUACAGAAGGAAGCUCCAGGGCUGGUGCAUGCCAUGAUUUCCGCCUCGCUAUCCGUCACGCCAUUCGCGAUGAUGUCCAGACCGAAGGCUGGCGUCCGAAACAAAACCAUCAUCGUCACUCUUCCUGGCUCACCCAAAGGUGCGAAGGAGAACCUCGAGGCUAUCAUCAAGACCCUGCCCCACGCCUGUCAGCAAGCUGCGGGCGUUGACUCGCGUAAACUGCACUCAGGAGGAGUUAAGAAGUUGGAGAAGGAAGCCGGAAUCUCGGCAGGAGAGCAUACCCAUGGCCACCACCAUCACCACCAUGGACAUGGCCACGAACACGGACACACUCAUGGCCACGGUCAUGGCGGUCUGGUCCGUCAUACCAAGCCUGGCUCGACAUCGCUGUCCAACGACCCAAGUUUGGGCCCAACUCGCCGCCAUCGCGAGUCACCAUACCCCAUGAUAUCCGUGGGAGAGGCGCUGGCCAAGAUAUCUGAAGCUACUCCAGAGCCUGAGAUAGUGGAGGUAAAUGUUGACGAGACGAUCGUUGGCUGCGUCUUGGCAGAGGCCGUUCUAGCCCGGGAAAAUGUGCCUGCUUUCCGCGCAAGUAUCGUGGACGGAUACGCUGUUGUGGUGCCCAAAGAUGGCAUCUUCAAAGGCGCAUACCCUGUCACGGCCGUGUCGCACGCUGCGCCGGGAGAGAUCGGACAGCUGAAGGAGGGUGAGAUUGCUCGGAUUACCACUGGAGCACCAUUGCCACCCGGCGCCACAUCAGUGAUCAUGGUUGAGGAUACAACCCUCGACAGCAUGACGGAAGAUGGCAAGGAGGAGAAAGACGUAGAGAUCAAGGUGGAGGGUGUUAAAGAGGGUGAGAACAUUCGCGAGGUGGGCAGCGACAUCACCCAAGGCAGCGUCAUCCUCAAAAAAGGGGAGCAGCUCUCGGGCGUAGGGGGCGAAAUCGGUCUCCUGGCUGCUGUCGGCGUUUCGUCCGUCAAAAUUUACCGUCGACCUACGAUUGGCAUCUUGUCUACGGGUGACGAGAUUGUCGAUUACGACAGGCCCAGUGCUCUUCGUCUCGGGGAGGUCCGCGACACCAAUCGCAUCACGCUCAUCUCCGCUGCCCAGGCAUGGGGUUUCCGAACGGUUGACCUGGGCAUUGCCAAAGACAAGCCUGGCUCGCUUGAGGAGACUCUGCGCGAGGGUCUACGAAGCGCCGACGUCCUCAUUACCACGGGCGGUGUAUCCAUGGGCGAACUGGAUCUUUUGAAGCCAACCAUUGAGCGCUCGUUAGGAGGGACCAUCCACUUUGGCCGUGUUGCCAUGAAGCCAGGCAAACCGACCACCUUUGCUACAAUACCCGUCAAGAACAAUGCCGGUGACCGGUUGUCAAAAGUCAUCUUCUCAUUGCCUGGCAACCCAGCGUCGGCGUUGGUGACCUUCCACCUGUUCGUUCUGCCGUCGCUACACAAGCAGUCUGGCGUCUCGCCAGUCGGGUUGCCCAAGGUCCCUGUUGUGCUCGGGCACGACUUUGCAAUGGAUCCGCGGCCCGAGUAUCAUCGCGCAGUGGUCAGUGUGGGACAGAAUGGAUUGUUGAUCGGCAGCAGCACUGGUGGUCAGAGAAGCUCCAAGGUUGGUAGUCUGCGGAGCGCCAACGCUCUCAUCUGCAUGCCAGCUGGAAAGGGCAAGCUUGAAAAGGGAACAAAAGUCGAUGCCCUUAUGAUGAACGCUGUGAGGGUGGAUGUGGGCAGGUAG